AAACUAAAUUUUGAAUUGAUUUCAAUUGGAAAUGGUUGCCUAUUUAUGUUUCUAUUGGAAUACUAGUCAGUCUGUUAUAUUUUACAAAACAAGGCAAUGCAAAACACUUUGUUGUAAUAAGGGUAGUUUUUCAACGAAACCCAAGUUUUAUAUAAGGAACAAGUUGAAGCGUCCAUUGGGUUAUCGAGUCCAACCAACUAUGGAGGAUAGAACGAACUUUGCAACGACAAGUAUUCAAGGAGACUCAAAUAGCACUGGAGAGUCGAAUAUUUCUCAAGCUGUUGGUUAUUCAGAGGAGAGCGAUAUGUAUGUUGACUUGAGGGACUCUCCGAAUUUUCAAGUAAAACCUGCAGGAGUCAUAUCUUUGGCUUGGUUACACUUUAGAAAGGAAUUGGAUGGACUCAUUCGAAGUAUGGGUCAAUUUUUGGGUUGGAUAGAAAAAGAUGAAUGGAUACCUCCCGACUGCUUUGGUUUUCGUUUGGAUAAUGAAAAAGUAUUUGAAAGACAAAGAGAAAGAGAAAGUAAACAGGAGAGUUACAUAACAACUCCCCGAUGGAGUCGUUGGAUAUACGAUGCCUUGUGUGGUUUUAUUGAUUGGGCUUAUAAAGACAGACCUGUUGAAAGGUUUUGGUUUUUGGAAACGGUUGCUCGUAUGCCCUAUUUUAGUUAUAUUUCAGUACUUCAUCUCUAUGAAACUUUGGGUUGGUGGAGGAAUGGAGAAUUGCUCAAAAUACAUUUUGCAGAAGAGUAUAAUGAAUUUCAUCAUUUGUUGAUUAUGGAGUCGUUGGGUGGCGAUCGAAAAUGGUUGGAUAGAUUUGUAGCCGAACAUGCAGCAGUAUUUUAUUAUUGGAUAUUGGUGUUAUAUUUCUUUCUUUCUCCUUCACUUGCCUAUAAUUUUUCAGAGUUGGUAGAAGCACAUGCAGUAGAUACUUAUACGGAAUUUUUACAAACCAAUGAAGAACUACUGAAACAGUUGCCUCCUCCCAAGAUAGCUGAACGUUAUUAUUUGGCUGAUAAUUUGUAUAUGUUUGACGAAAUCAUACUCCAGGUACUAGGAGACCUCCUUGUGAUAAUCUCUACGAUGUAUUUUGUAAUAUUCGUGAUGAUGAAAUGGAACAUGUCAAGACAAUGCAUGCCUGUCAGGAUUACUCAAAACUGGGUAAAAUAGUACUCAGUCCACAUGCCACAU